GGAGCGAGGGGGCUGGAACGAGAGAAGGAAGAAGGAAGGGGCGAUCGGUGGGUGCGAGCUGGCGCUGGAAUGGGAGCCAAGAGCGAGUGAGCAGGCAGGGGGCGCGGGCGACACCCAGGUGUCGCAUGGCGGGGUCCACGAGGUGACCUGCCUGGGCCAGCAGCUCGCAGCUUGUACGAGUAUGCGUUAGGGCACCCACUCCGGUUCCCCACGCACACCCGAGGGUGGCCUGCCCCUCCUGCUGAGCGCUACUUUCUCCAGGUCCCAGGCCGAUGUCCCAGGUGAGCGGUCAGUGCCCUUCUCGCUGCGACGCGCCUCAUGGAGUCCCCAGCGCUGCCUUGGACCCAGCCCAGACCAUGUCCCUCCUCCCUGGGCUGGAGGUAGCAAGAUCCACUCACCCUGCAGAGGCAUCAUCUGAAGAGGGCUCUCCUGAGGAGGCGGCACCCUCCAUGCCCCAAGACAGUAGUCUGGGGGCUCACCAGGCUCUGAACAGCACUGACCUCGAUGUCCCCACAGAAGCUGUGACGUGCCAGCCUCAAGGGAACCCCCAAGGCUGCACCCCACUACUGCCAAAUGGCUCCGGCCACGACCACUUCUCAGAACUGGGCAGUGCCGCGCAUGCGGGGAACGGUGCUCUGGGCGGGCCCAAGGCCCACCGGAAGUUGCAGACGCAUCCAUCUUUGGGCAGCCAAGCCGGAAGGAAGAGCAAAGGCAGCACCCGGUCAACCUCACAGGUCCCCCUCCAGGCACAGGAAGAUUGCUGCGUCCACUGCAUCCUGUCCUGUCUGUUCUGUGAGUUCCUGACCCUCUGCAACAUUGUCCUGGACUGCGCCACCUGUGGCUCCUGCAGCUCUGAGGACUCCUGCCUCUGCUGCUGCUGCUGCGGCUCCGGGGAGUGUGCGGACUGUGACCUGCCCUGCGACCUGGACUGUGGCAUCGUGGACGCCUGCUGCGAGUCGGCCGACUGUUUGGAGAUAUGCAUGGAGUGCUGUGGCCUCUGCUUCUCCUCCUGAUGCCACGGGGCGGCCCCAGAGCUGCCGCACAAAGCUUGACGCCUCCCCUGACCCCGGGGCCCCCUCAGAACCCUAACCCAGAUGUGAGAAGGUGGCACACUCAGAGGGGCCACCUCAGCCACGGAACAGGUCUGCUUUCAGACGCAAAGCCUGGUCCCCUCGACUGGUGACCAGGAACACAGCAUCUAGAGCCUGGUAGGACAGAACCAGUUAGCAGCCCAGACUCAGAACACUGUGAACGGUAGGGGAGGGGCAGGCAUGGGAGGCCCUGUCCUUCUCUACCUCUGCUCCAGGUGCCUGCCUCCCUCGGCUUACCCCAGCUUUGAGGACAGAAAAUGUGAAAAGGCACCUGUCCGUCCCAUUGUCAGCCCCCACCCCCGCUCUCUUUCCCAGCCCAUUUACUGGGCUCUUGUGGGGGCCUAACCCAUAUAGUGACCCAAGACGAUGGGGUUUAGGGAGAGGGUGAGUGGGAGGGGGCAGUAUGGAAAAGACUGGAAAGAGGUGGGGGGAGGGGUCUGUUCUCUUCAUUACUGUAAAUAAAGAUAUCCGUUCAAUCUCCACUCUCC